AUGAAGUUCUUGGUAUUGCUCCUGGCAGUAGUGUCGGUUUGCUCAGCCGCGCCCAGCGCCAUUUUGAACCCAUUGCUCGGCGCCGUGGGUGUUGCUGGUCCAGCAGUAGGCCCAGCAGUGGUUACUGGUGCCUCUGUUGGAGCAGUUAAGGUGGCUGGAGCUGUAGCUGGACCUGCAUUAGUCACCGGAGCCGUUGCUGGGCCAUCAGCAGUCGUUGGAUCCGUCGCUGGUCCUGCUGUCGUUGCUAACCCUGGACUCGGUGUUGUUCUCGGUAACGGUCUAGUUUCCCCAGCACUGGUACCAGCGGUACUAGCAGCUCCAGCAGCCGCGGUCGUCGCUGGUCCAGCAACAUCCGCGGUCGUCGCUGGUCCCGUCACGAAGACAGCAGUCAUUGGAGCCUCGUCUUCAGCGGUCAUUGCUGGAGGCCACGCCUGGUAGUUACUCAAUAAAGAACAUCUCAAUCUUUUACGAUAUACCUCAAGCUUCGUUCAAAACU